UGGGAGGAGGCAGGCGAGUCUUGUUAUCUUGAGAGGCCACCUUUCCUCUCGCGGCUCCGCAAAGAGUGAGCGUCUCGGAUCCAUCAUCGAUGGGAGCGGAAGGGGAGCUCCGCCGCACUCUCUUCCCCCUCCACCACCCCCUCUGCGACACCGACGGCCGGAAUUGGCCGUUGCCGCCGGCCAUCCUCGGCCUCCAGCCCGCCGCCCUCGUCGACCACGUCGCCAGGGUCGAUUGGUCUCUCCUCGAUCGGAUUCCUGGCGACCGAGGCGGCUCUCAGCAGGUGGCGGCAGAGGAUUUGAAUCAUAUAUUGAGUGAGGUCAAAGCACACAUCCUCCCUUUCCCUAACGAAAUCCCUCCGAUAAUAGCCAUAGCUGGAGGUAGUGUCGCCAAUACCAUUCGGGGUAUGGCUGCUGGCUUUGGAGUCUCGAGUGGAAUAAUUGGUGCUUGCGGAGAUGAUGAACAAGGCCGGUUAUUCAUCAAUAACAUGAGCUUUAGUGGUGUGGAUCUUUCCAGACUGAGAAUGAAGAACGGAUCUACUGGGCAGUGCGCAUGUUUGGUGGAUGCUGAUGGCAACCGAACCAUGCGGCCCUGUCUGUCCAGUGCAGUUAAGCUUCAGGCUGAUGAACUGAAGAGGGAAGAUUUGAGAGGUGCAAAGUGGUUGAUCCUAAGAUAUGCAUUUAUCAAUUUAGAGCAAAUAAAAGCUGCUAUAAGAAUUGCUAAACAAGAGGGUGUUUCUGUUUCCAUGGACCUUGCGAGUUUCGAGAUGGUGCGAGACUAUAGGUCACACUUGAUAGACCUAUUGGAGUCCGGGAGUAUUGACCUCUGUUUUGCCAAUGAGGAUGAAGCUAAAGAGCUUAUAAGCCGAGAACCCAAAGUCGAUCCAGAGGCUGCUUUGUGUUUCUUGGCCAAACACUGUAAAUGGGCUGUGGUGACACUUGGUCCCAGGGGUUGCAUAGCAAAGCAUGGAAAUGAGGUUGUUCGGGUCCCGGCGAUAGGAGACACCCAUGCUGUUGAUGCCACCGGAGCUGGUGAUCUCUUUGCAAGCGGUUUCUUGUAUGGAUUGGUGAAAGGACUCUGUCUAGAAGAUUGUUGCAAGGUGGGAUCUUGCAGCGGUGGCGCGGUCGUCCGAGCUCUCGGCGGUGAGGUGAGGCCCGAGAACUGGCAGUGGAUGUACAAGCAAAUGCAGACCGGUGGGCUUUUGCUACCUGAGCUGAAGAAUUGAGAGGUGAUAAGUUACAUUUUGGGGUCAUUAGUGGCUCUAACUAGAUAAUAAUAUUUGACUUGGUGCUUAGAGCUUUAUACCGCCUUGAGGGAGUCGGCCGCGAAGGCUAAGCUUUCGUUAUAAAUGCGAGAUUGUGUGAAGCAUUCCGAUUUGAUCAUUGUAAGAGAAUGAUUUAUUCAGCUGACGAAUCAAAUUAUCCGUCCUACUCUCCCAAAAGAAGUGUAUGUCAAUGUUAUUUGUCGAUCGAGUCGAAAGAAAGAGGCCUCAUUUGCUGCCCGAA